AUGGUAGAAAACAACGAUUUCUUUGUCGAGGCAGUCGCUGAAAUUGGUGUUCAGCAGAUAGCCGUUCACGUUGAGUCAGCAACGCAUCUUGAUAGAACGUUAUCUCUGAUUCAAGCACAUGGGGUCAAGGCGGGAGCAGCUCUCAACCCAGCAACGCCGCUCUCCGCGUUGGCUUAUGUUCUGGAACGGCUCGAUUUUGUGCUGAUUAUGACGGUGAAUCCAGGGUUUGCGGGACAGAAGUUAGUACCGGCGACCCUCCGAAAAAUAGCGGAAUGUCGCGCUUUUUUGAACGAACGCGGUGUUGAUCUACCUAUCGAAGUUGAUGGCAACGUGAGUUUUGAGAAUAUCCCCAAAAUGGUAUCCGCAGGUGCAGAUAUUUUAGUCGGCGGGACCAGUAGCGUUUUUCAAAAAUCGGGUUCACGGCUUGAGAAUAUUCAGCAGGCACAGAAAGCGAUUGCGCUUGGGCUCGCUGAACGGGAAGGCGGGCAGUGGGCGUAG